AGACACAAGCAAGACUCGACCAAGGUAACUUCACCACAAUCCUAUAUAUACAUACCAAACACAAUGUCAUUCUUAAGAGACUUAAUAGAAGCUGUUGUUCCAUCUGCUCACGCCGAAGAACCUGAAGAAGAAGUUGAAGAAUCCGUUGAAGCCGAAGAAGAAGAAGAAGAAGACGAAGAAGAACUCGUUGACCCAUUGGACACUUUGCGUGAAGAAUGUGAAAAGACUGAAGUCUGUAAGCCAUUCGCACACCACUUCCACGAGUGUGUUGAAAGAGUCACCAAGGAACAAGAAGACGAAGACUACCACAAGAAGGACUACAAGGAAGAUUGUGUUGAAGAAUUCUUCCACUUGCAACAUUGUGUCAAUGACUGUGUUGCUCCAAGAUUAUUCCACAAAUUAAAAUAAGCUCAUUUGCAAGCCCGCCAAACAAUUACAUUUUCCUUUCUUUAUCCAACUUACAAAAGUUGAUAAUUCGUAUAUAACACCUUGUAUAUUUGUGUGGUUUUUAUGUUUAUGUUUAUAUUUGUUGGAUAGCUUUUAGAGAAAUAGAAGAGGAGAGAUCUUAGCAUAGCAGAAACAAACCAAAAUAUAUCAUUAUUAAUGACUACAAUUAGUUGUAAGUGCUCAGAUCAGAAUUGUGCUGGCGAAUGUAGUGCUGCCAUUGAAUGCAACAAUCUGUUGGUUGUGAACACCCCCCGUCUCUCUCUCCGACACAACUUAAUUUUAAGUUUGAACCGUGCAUAAAGAGAUUUCGUGCAGGCUAAAGAGAGGUAGCGUUCGAUUGAAAGUAACCUUAAGCUCAGACUAAUCUAUUAGAUUCUCUUUUAGUUCUGGGUAUCUUUUAAGUAUUUCUUGGGUAUACCGAGCCUCGGCAACCCCAGGUAUUUCCCAAACUAGUAAUUUCUCAAGGUAAAUACCAGAUUGCACUACCCAGAUCUCAGUCGAAACACUAGUUUACUACUGUUGAUCAGUCUAAACAACGACGUACCUUAACUAAAACUGUAAUUACGUGCUUGCAACCAAGAGAAAAUCACGCGUUGCAAAAAGUGUAGUU